CAAUCCCUCCCCUCUUCUUCCUCCUCCUUCCUCGCCGUCCAUGGCUUCUUUCUCCGGCGGCUGAAUUUCCUUUCCUCCCGGGCGCCCUUCCCCCAUCCUCUGCUUACCCCUUCUUGGCUCGCCCACAGUCCCAACAUCAAAUCCUCCAUCGGAGUAUCUCUAAAACUCCGGUGGUUUUCCUGGUGUCGGCGGCUGAGUAUCUCUUUUCCUUUCCUUCUCUCUAUGAUCUUUACCAAUAUUCAGUAACGAAUGAAGAUAGUCCAAACCUGCUACUCUUACUCAUCAAUGAAACAAAACCCAUCUUCAGUGAUUUAAACGCCUAAAACGCCUACCAUACAGUGAUUUAAAAUCUCAAAAUGCAUAUAGUUUCAUACCCAUGAAUCAAAAUUCUAAAUUUUCAACUCCAAACUAAGCAAGUUUUCAGACCCAUCAACCAAAUAGUUCAUUGCUUAGCAGAUAAUGCUCUACUUUUGGAAGUAAAAUUAUCUAAAAAAGUGGAUAGAUGAGAGACCGCUCAAGCCCACUGCGAGUAGAUAUUGUACUCUUUGGGCUUUACCUUUCAGGCUUCUCCUCACGGUUUUGAAAACGUAUUUGCUAGAGAGAGGUUUCUACGCCCUUAUUAAAAGGUGAAUAGAGACAUACCUGCAACGCCCCUACUUUCUCUUAGCCCCCCCUUUCUCUCCCUCUCUCUCUGGUUUGGCCAUUUCUCUUAAAACAACCGUAGUUCUCUUCUCUGCACUCAUUUUUUUCAGAAUCUGAGCUCAACCAUGGCGGUUCUCUUGCUCUGUCAUCUCAUUUUCUUGGCCUUCACUAGCCAUUCAAGUGCAAGCUAUUGUAUUUGUAAAGAUGGACAGAGCGACCAAGCCCUUCAGAAGACACUGGAUUAUGCCUGUGGAGCUGGAGCUGAUUGUACUCCAAUUCUUCAAAAUGGCCCUUGUUUUCAACCCAACACUAUAAAGGAUCACUGUAGCUAUGCUGUUAAUAGCUACUUUCAAAGGAAGGGUCAGGUUCAAGGGAGCUGUGAUUUUUCAGGCACUGCCAUGCUUAGCCAGUCUCCUCCUGUUGAAGCUUCUGGGUGUGUUUAUUCUUCCAGUUCCAGCAACACAGGAACUCCAACCAGCACCACCCCGUCAACCACCGUGCCCAGCGCAACACUGGGAACCACCACAAACCCGUCAACACCACCACCCUCGACCACAACCUCCCCCUCGGUGUUUGGGAGCGGGAUAAGCCCGACAGGUAGUGUCGGUUUCGGUGGUAGCGGGAAUAACAUGGAUGGCAGUGCUGCUGCAGGUCUCACUGCAGCAGCCUUUAACUUGUUCUUCUUCGCAGCCACUGUCACAUUUUGGUGGUCAAUGUUCUGUUAAGUCCAAGGUUAACAAUUGAGGUCAUUAGUUGAUUUGUUUGGAUGGAUGGAUGCAAAGCUGGGAAGAUUAUUUUCUAAUGUCCUUUGAUGUGGAGAAGAGAAAGGGUGGAGAAUUUGAUUCCUAAUGGGAUGGGACUUUGCACCCUCUAAUCAAUAAUUCUGUUCUUUGUUCAUUAUUAAUUUCUUUAUUUUAUAAUAAAGUUUAUGAGUUGCGUUACUCUCA